AUGCCUUGGUUAGAAUGUAGAUCCACUACUAAGCCAAUGUUUAGUAAAUGUUAUGCAUUGUCAUCAAAUGCAUCAUUUGCUUAUGAUGUUUUAAUUUUCUCGAAGUUUUACCCGAAGUUAAUUAAAGGAUUACGUUCACAAGAUAAUUUAUCAUUGAAUAAAUAUGUAUUACCAACCUAUAGACAAGAGAAUUCAUUUGUAAAAUAUAUCACUUUGGAGAAUCAUAGUAACAGUAAUAGUAAUAGUAAUAGUACUAAUAGUCUUCAACAACAACAUCGUCAUCAGACGUAUCAACGAAAUCAAAGACAAUCAUUAUUAAUACAACAUUCCGAUUUGAAUAUAUCAAAAUCACAAGUAAUAAAUACUACUACUACUACUACUACUACUAACAGCACUGAUAGUAAUCAUAAUCCAUUAUUAACUCGGUCUAUUCAUUAUGAAAUUGAUCAAAAUGACAAAUCGAAAUCAAUAAAUAUCACUACGACUACUUCUGCUGGUACAACAACAACAACUACUACUACUACAAAUUCUUCGAUUACUACAACGAAUAGUUCAGUUGAAAAUCUAUCAGAUCAUUUGAUCUCAUCAACAAAACAUCUAUCCAAAUUAGUUCCACCAUUAAUAGGACUUAAUGAAAUCCAUGUAAAUGAUUCACAAACAUUACAACAUGAUCUAUGUAUAAGUAGUAGUAAUAAUGAUAAUGAUAACGAUGAUGAUGAUAAUGAUGAUGAUCUAAGUAAUCCAUGUCAUAGUCAACGUGAUCAAUCUAUCAAUAAUAAUAAUGAUCUAUUAAUCAAUAAUAAUAAUAAUCAUCAUCAUAAUCAUUGGCAAGAUUCGAUACAAUCCACUUGUUGGUUACCAAAAGUUGCUAUGAAUUCAAAUCGUACAAAAUGUGAUGAGAUUUUAUCAACAAAUUGGAAUUUAUUAACAAUGAAAAAUUGGAAAUCCGAUCAAGAAUUAAAACGUAAAAUGGGUUUACUGAAUCCUCAUCAUCAUAAUAAAUUAGGAGGAGGAGGAUUUUGGUUUCGUGAAAAAGCAUUCAAUCAUACAAAAUCAUUUAUUACUGGUAGACGAAGAAUAGAACAACAACAACAACAAUCAAAAGGAAUGUCAUUCAGUGCUAUAGUGAAUCAUUGUCCAUUGAUUAAUCAAUAUUUACCAUCAAAUAAAGCGUUACACUGUCAAUUCGAUACGGUACCAAUGGAACAAACUGAAAUUUUUAGUUUACCUGAAGCCAAGUCUAAAUUUUCCAUUGAUAAUUCACUUCUAAGCUCAAAUCGAAUUUCUUCAAUGCACAAUAAUAAUACUACUAAUAUUACUACUACUAAUAAUAAUAAAAAGGUUAAAAAUACCAAAUCUCUAAUACAAUCUAAUAAUGAUUCAAUGGAUGAUUUCAAUAAAACAAUCAAAUGUAAAUUCAAUCAGUUACAGUCAGAUACAAAUGAUACAUCCUUAUCAUCAUUAUUAUCGAUUCAAAAUACACAACAUUUUAUAACAAAAUACCCAGAUACUAAGUUAUAUUUAAAUGAAAAAGCCCCAGCAACAACAACAACAACAACAACAAUAAUGAAUGGGUCAAAUGUGAUUCAACAAUCAAAGGAUAAUCUCUCUUUAAAAAUCAAUCAUUCUAAUGAAUAUACACCAUCAUUAUCAUCAUCAAGACGAUAUCAACAUAGUCAACAAUGCACUCAUCAUAGUGAUUAUGAUAAUGGAAUACAAUUGAAAGAUAUUUCAAAUCGUGAAUUAAUUAUACCAUUAAAUACUACUAAUAAUAAUACUACUAAUACCACUAUUAAUAACAAUAGUAAUAAUAAUAAUAGGAUAAAUUCAAAGAAAAAUCAAUAUUAA